AUGGCCUCCUCAAAACCAAGGAACGCGCGAAGGCGGAAGCUCGCAGCUGCUAUCUUUUUCCUCGCCCUCAUAUCGAGUGUCUCCGCGAGACUAAACCCUUCUGAAUUACCCGCAGCUGAUAUAAGACGACGCAGCGGCUCUCCGGAUCGACCAGCUCGCUGGGGACCCCCUAGGAAAAGAGAUGGUGGUGUUCCUCUUGUAAUCAGCAAUCAAUGCCCCGAUCCUAUAUGGCCUGCAAUAGGUACGCAAGCUGGUACAGGCGCUGGUACCGGUGGCUUCCUCCUCUCUCCUGGAACCAGCAGGAGCUUGACUGUGGGUUCAGAUUGGCAGGGUAGAGUAUGGGGACGGACGAAUUGUAGCUUUAAUGUUGCUGGCAAUGGAGCGAGCAAUUUGAACGGCCAUAAUGGAGCUGGAGCAGCCUGUGUUACUGGAGAUUGCAACGGUGUCUUGAGCUGUGUCGUUACGGGAGAUACACCGGUCACACUGGCUGAGUUUGAUCUGGCAGGGGGUGUCGGAAACAAGCAAACCUUCUACGAUAUCUCCCUCGUCGACGGCUAUAAUCUCCCCUUGGGAAUUACUUAUAUCCCCUCCCAGGCUGCCGAUCUAGUGGACAUCCCGCCAAACCUCACGAAUCCUGCCUGUAUCGCAACAGCCGGACUCCUACUCCAACCCGCCAUGUCAGGAACGCUAGGAAACUCCUCCAACUCCUCCUAUCCCAUUCCCUAUGAGAGCACCCAAACUUCCGCCAAAGUCGCCAGCUGGUGUCCCUGGGACCUACAGGUAAAGCGGCCAACCAAACCCGGCGAUGGUGUAUACCCCUACCCCAACGACAACAUCCAGCGUCCCAUCUUCGACCCCUGCUUCUCCGCCUGCGCAAAAACCAACUCGCCAUCCGACUGCUGCACAGGAACCUACAACACGCCUCAAGUCUGCAAGCCCACCCUCUACAGCACGGCAGCCAAACUCGUGUGCCCAGACGCCUACAGCUACGCCUACGACGACCAGACCAGCACCUUUAUCGUCCCAUCAGGCGGCGGCUGGCAGAUCACAUUCUGCCCUCUAGGGCGCAGCACCAAUAUCCUAAAGACGUUCAAGAAGCAGCUAGACGCGCUCAGUCAGGGCGUCCCUGAUCUCAGGGCGCUCCAGCAGGCGGCUAGGAACCUGACGCUUAUUGAUGAGGCUGGGACGGAGAAUCAUGGGGGCCGAUCGAGGGGUGAGAGGCUCAGGGGCGCGAGCUUGUGUGCGCUGGUCGUGGUUCUUGCGUGGGCGGUUCUCUGGUAG